UUGUUUAUUUCUAUAUUAUUAUAGCUUUUUAAAAAAUCUUUUAUCAUGGAAACAACUCUUCAAGUAUGUAAAAUUUGCUGUGAAGAAUGCUGCAUAAUGCUGCAGAAAUGCUGCACAAACUCCCUUCAUGGAUGCCAGAAGAUCUGCAAAGGACUAUUGCAGACAUGUCAAUGCUUUAGGGAGACUUGCCUGUGCGGAUUCAACCGGCAGUGUCUGUCAUCAUGGUGCCCCAAGUUCUCUGACUUCACGCCAGUUCAUGAGCUUUCGGUAUUGGAUCGUCUGGAUGAGGAUUUAGAAGACAAAAAGCCGGCUACACCUAAGCUUAAAGAGGACAGUAAAAUUAGGGAGGUGCUGAGCAGCUUUGUUGCCUUCUUCUUUGGCCUCUUGCUCACAUCUCUCUAUGGCUUUACUGUUCUAUUACUACUGAACUAUAACCUGUAUUUUUGCAUAGUGACAACCCUAAUAAUAGGAUUCUUUCUAUCACUGGGAAUGGCUUUCUACCCCACUAUACGGGUUACUGUGCUGCUUAUGUUGCCACACUUAUUGUCAGCUCGUGGCAAAUAUUUGAUCAUGGUGUUUGCAAUUAGCUUGUGCUUGAAAGGACCAGUAGCGAAUACAGCAGAUAAUCUCCUGAGAGUAACGGGUUUUGUACGCUGUGGAGUGGAAGUGGCCAUAAACAAGACAGAAGAUACUGUUUUGGCCCUCACAAAGCCUUUGUUGAGGUUUGCAGAUUCGAUUAAGAAGCUUGCGAAAGGUUUCAAAAAGGUUGGUGAUAAGGCAAAUGAAUUCUUGGACGCCUUGUCUUUUGAAAUGAAGCACAUAGGUAAGUUCACAAUAUAUGAAAGGGGAAUAUGCAGGGAACAGGGUUUUGCUAGAUGGUUAGUGGUAACGGGGGGCUGAUAUUGGU